AUGUAUCUAUCAGCCAAGGCUGUGGCCAUUGUCUUGGUCACGCUGCAAUUCGGAGCAGUUCAUGGCCAGCAACCUAAGCCUAUGAUUCUCGCAGAUACCAACCGUGACGGUAUCGUGGAUGACAGCGACGCCACGGACAGAGCAUUCUGGACCCCUUCUCGCGGCGCCAUCUUCCUUCCAAACGUCAGCGACUCUCUCAAACGCUGUCCUAAUCAGGAUCUUCAGGGCAACCCUAUCAGUAAUCACGAGCUAGCAUCUUGUCACGAUGCUUCUGGCCACCUACUCCUUGAGCCAAGCCUGGUUGCUCCCCUGAAGACGAUCCCAUUGGAAGUUUCAGACGACACUAUUUCCCACAACUACGCCACGCCUGACGCCGCAUCUGAAAGGGUUCGUCUCUUUUACCUGAAUGAUUCGUCCGCCAACCCCGCCGAGACUGCCUCUUGGAGCUUUGUGGAUCCUGAAUUUACCUUCAAUGCAAGCCAUGUCCAAGCCGGUAUCACUCUCGGGAUCGACGGGCGUGAGUUUGUGAAGGAUUUUGCAAAAUGGGACGGCAAAGUAUGGGUGCAUUUGGAUGUCCACGCCAAUGGCACUGUCAUAUUCGACGUCGUUGAGCUCAAGGUGGCUCCAGUUCUGACCCAUCACCAUCUCCAACGUGUCAGCGCCUUUGUCAGUACUGCGGCAAACGAGUCUGAACCUUUAGUUCGUACUGCUGAAAGACAGGUCUUUGAGCAGCUUCGCGGGAAAGGCGUUGGUGGUUUCCAGCCUGAGGGGGGACGCGGCGGCUACGGCGCCCGAGAAAUCAACGCAUACGGCAACCUCAAAACGAUCCUACCUUAUACGUCCAAGAGUGGAGUUAAAUAUCCUGCCGGCCGGAUUAUUCAUGGCAAGCAUUAUGAUAAGAUGCUAGCGGAAGCUACGAUUGCCUUCUUGGAAGGCCAAGAGCUUCAGAACCCUCUUUCCUUGAGUCUGGAUGGCUACUCAUCGGUCACGUUGAUGACGGCGCAUGGUGGUGUGCGGGCGAUUUCUUCCAAUGGGUCUGUUGAAGGCUCUUUUUCUAUCACGAAAGAGGAGCUGGCCGUGACAGUCGAUGAGCUUCUUGCAAGCGAGACAUUUCACGAGGUCAACGCUUAUAAGCAGAGACAUAUUGAUGCUAAUCUGGGAAUCCUGCUCGCUGAGAUACCUAUUCUUCGGGAUCAUGUGAUUCGCAUCCCCUCGCUUUUCAAGGCUCCCAAGGUGUCUUCGCUCUCCUCGUUAACUGAAACGGUAAUGGAGGGCGAGUAUUUGUUAGUGAGCUUCAGCCCGGCGGCUAUCAACGGCGUCGUGUUGGGCAACUACUACGCUGGCAUGAAGGUCGGGUUUGUGGACGAUUCCAUGUCGCAUCACCACACUUUUGGCGAGGUGCAUUGUGGAAGCAACACUUUCAGGGAGACGGACGUAGCGUGGUGGGAGUAG